AUGACCAAAUCAUUCGCCCACAAGCUGGGCAAAGGUGGCUUCGGUACCGUUUACAUGGGUAACCUGCCAAAUGGGCGUGACAUAGCAGUCAAGCUUCUCAACAGUUCUAACGAUGAUGGGCAGGAGUUCAUGAAUGAGGUAGCAACUAUUACACGAAUUUCUCAUGUUAAUGUUGUGACAUUGCUAGGGUAUUGUCUCCAAGGUACAAAAAGAGCUUUGAUCUAUGAAUACAUGCCUAAUGGUUCACUUGAAAGAUUUUCUUUUGGACAAGACUCAGAAGGGAAAAUCUCACUAAGUUGGAAAAAAUUGUUUGAAAUCAUGGUUGGCAUUGCUCGUGGACUUGAAUAUCUUCAUCGUGGGUGUAGCAAUCAUAUCGUGCAUUUUGAUAUUAAGCCCCAUAAUAUCUUACUGGACAAAGAUUUCUGUCCAAAGAUCUCUGAUUUUGGAUUGGCAAAGUUGUGUAUGAAAAAAGACAGCAUCGUCUCAAUUGAUGGUGCAAGGGGAACCAUCGGCUAUAUCGCCCCAGAGAUCUUCUCAAAGCAAUUUGGAAAAAUAAGUAGCAAGUCUGAUGUGUAUAGUUAUGGGAUGAUGAUUCUUGAGAUGGUUGGUGCACGGAAUAAUAUAAAUAACUGUUCAGAGACCAGCAGUAAAUAUUUUCCUCAAUGGGUUUAUGAACAUUUGGAGGAAUAUUGUGAUGAUGCAGGUGAAGUUGGUACUGCUGAUUGUGCUGAUAACGAGCUUGUCAGAAAGCUGAUAACAGUCGGAUUGUGGUGCAUACAAUUGCAACCCGAGAACCGGCCUUCCAUGACUAGGGUGAUUGAAAUGUUAGAAAGCAGACCAAAUGACCUGCAGAUCCCACCACAAAAUCUCUUGUGUUGA